UUUCGCUCUCCGUCGUCGUCUGUGGUUCCAUUUUCGCAAAAACAAAAAAAGCCAUUUUCGUCUUCCUUUCCUUCCUUCCCUCCUCGUCUCUUCCAUCCUACCCACCCCAAAAACAAAAUAAAACAUUUCCAGGAAAAUCACCAAUCUCUGAAAAACAAAACCGAAGAAUUUGGAAAACAGAAAACGUUCUUAUUUUUUAUUUUUAUUUUUAUCUAAUCUUUUUAUUUUUUUCUAUUCUUUUUUUAUGUUUUAGUUUUUCGGAAGCGUGAAAGAAUUUUUCUAUAAAUUUUCCGCUGUAUCAUAUUCAAAUUCAAAUUCAAAUGGUUAGGCGUUACGCCAAAUUCUUGUGAAUUUGGAUAAAUAUUAAAAAAAAAAAAUUCCAAUUAUUAUUAUUAUUAUUUUUUUUUACGCUGAUGAUGGUGAUUGUUACCGCCCUAAAUCACUGAGUAGGAGGAGGAGGAGGAGGAAAAGAAAGAAGAAGAAGGAGCUGCCUGUGAUUAGAGGGCGGAGAGAGAGGUGGAGGUGGUGGCUUUGGAGGAAACGACGCCGUUGUGGGGUGGUUGUGGAGGAUUAGGAGGAGAAGGAGGAGGGGGGAUGGAUUGCCGUGUAUGUUUGGCCGGCGGGGAGCUAUGGUUGAAAGGUCAGAUCGGUGGUGGUUUAAGCCAUGAAAGCGAACACGACCUCGCCAUUAUGGUCUCUGAUUUCUUGGAAAACGGUAGCGCCGGUGCCGAAUCUUGGUGUAGCAGCGACAGCGAUUCCGGUCUCUCCGAUCUCUCCCACCUCGCCGAUAAGAUUCCCUUUUGUAAGCAUCCGGUGGCGCAGUAUGAGAGUGACUUAAAGUCGGUGGUUCAUUCUCUUAUACUUUCAAUCAACGACAAGGAGCUUGAUUUCGUCAAAUCAGGUCCUUGUAACGCCAGCUGCAUCAGAUUCUCUCUGGUUAAGCUUCUGAGGUUAUCUGGAUACGAUGCCGCUGUAUGUUCAUCGAGAUGGCAAGCUGCUGGCAAAGUUCCUGGAGGGGAUCAUGAAUAUAUUGAUGUGGUCAACCAUAAUGGAAGUAAUAGCUCCGAGCGUUUGAUCAUAGACAUUGAUUUCCGUAGCCAUUUUGAAAUAGCUAGAGCUGUUGCUUCGUACGACAAGAUAUUAAAUUCUCUGCCGGUUGUCUAUGUGGGUUCUUCGAGUAGAUUGGAACAGUUUCUUCAAGUUAUGGUUGAAGCUGCUAGAUCUUCUCUCAAGCAGAACUCCAUGCCUCUUCCUCCAUGGAGAUCGCUUGCUUAUCUACAAGCGAAAUGGCAAUCACCUUACCAGAGAAACUUCUACCCAGAUGAGCAGAACGUUAUUGGAGCCAACCCUUUUGAUCACAACCAAUGCUCUGGCCAUCUGAAGAGGUUGCAGUCUCUGCUUCAAUCUGAAAUUGAAGCAGAGAGAUUUUUGAAACCCAUAAGCAAUGACAGUGGUUGGAGAUUGAAGAACGAGAGGCGGAGACAUUCUUUAUUCAGAACUCUUUGAGUGAGAGAGAUGUACAGAUUCGGAUUUUUGGCCUUUUGAAAAACAGAAGAGAAGAAAAUUUACUUUUUGUGAGAGAUCGAAUUGUAUUGCGGCUCUAGAAAGAAAUUUUUUUUUUUUUACUUACCUCAUCCGAGAAUUCUUGAUAAAUGGUAUCAUCCAAACCAAAAGUUAAAAGCAAAAUAAGCCAUUUUAAUGGUGGAGAAAUAUUUCACAAUUUUUUUUUACUGGGGGUUCAUAUACGGUUUUACUCUUUUGUCUUUUUUAUCGUGUGUUUGACAUCAAGCAACAGUAUCAAGGUAUUGGAAACGGCUAAUACCGCUGAAGGGUUUUCAAAGGGUUUUCAAUAUUCACAAGCUGAAUUGGUUCUUAUUUGGUGUGGUUAUGGCGGUGCGUCAUUUUAUAUACUUGGAUUUUGUUUUUGUUUUUGCUUUUGGAAACCCACGUUGAUGUAAUAUUUCCUUUGCCUCUAUUAUUUUUGUGGCACAGGGAAAAUUUUGUCACUAUAUAUCUCAUAUUUUAUUGUUCUUA